UCUUCACUCGUCUUCUCCGAGUAAUCCCUCAGCUCCUCUUGCCUAAUUUUGGCCAUCAGAUUUUAAGAAAAUUCUCAUGGAUACUCUCCUUCCUCUCGUUUCGACAACUGGGUUCGGUCUCGGCUCUGGGUUUGGGUUCGGGCUCGGGCUCUUCGUUUCUCUCUCCCUCUUCCUCUCGGUGUUCGCCUUCUGGUUAACACCUGGAGGCUUCGCAUGGGGGAUUUACAAGAUCCGGACCCAUUUCCUAACCCGACCCGGAUCCCAAAACCUGGCUUCAAUCCCGGGUCCGUCGGGUCUACCCGUCCUGGGACUCCUUUUCGCCUUCACCGGAAACAACCCGACCCACAGGAUUUUGUCCCGGGUCGUCAAAUCGUGUCCCGGGUCGAGAUCUCUCAUGGCUUUCUCAGUGGGAUUGAGCAGGUUCAUCGUCUCCACCGACCCGGGAACCGCCAAAGAGCUCUUGAACAGCUCGGCCUUCGCCGACCGUCCGAUCAAAGAAUCAGCCUACGAACUUCUCUUCCACCGGGCCAUGGGUUUCGCGCCAUACGGUGAUUACUGGAGAACUCUCCGGAGAAUCUCAGCCGUUCAUCUCUUCAGCCCCAAGAGGAUCCAACGGUUCUCGGAGUUCCGUCGGUCCAUGGGCGAGAAAAUGAUCCGUGACGUCAAAGCCGUGAUGGAGAGACAUGAAGAAGUCAAGAUUAAGGAUAUCUUGCAUUGGGCUUCUCUGAGCAACGUUAUGAUGAUCGUUUUCGGGAAAAGCUACGAUUUUUCGCCGGAAAGAUUCUCCGGGGAAGAAGGGAAUGAGCUUGAGAAUCUGGUGCAAGAAGGGUAUGAUUUGUUGGGGAUUUUCAACUGGAGCGAUCAUUUUCCGGCUCUGGCAAGGUUCGAUUUUCAGGGAGUGAGGAGGAGAUGCAGAGAUUUGGUGGGUAAAGUUGAUGUCUUCGUGAGGAAGAUGAUAGAGGAGCGUGGGAAGGGUACAAGUGGAAAUAAAGAAAGUUACGAGCAUGGUGAUCAUCUGGAUUUGGAACCAGAAGAGAUUGGCGACCACUUCGUUGAUGUCUUGCUAGGGUUGCAAGAAGAGAACAAGCUCAGUGAUUCUGAUCUGGUUGCUGUUUUGUGGGAGAUGAUAUUCAGGGGCACAGACACAGUAGCAAUCCUGCUGGAAUGGAUCUUAGCAAGGAUGGUUCUCCACCCCAACGUUCAAGCCAAGGCCCGAGCCGAGAUCCAUGCCAUCCUCGCAGGUCGACCGGUGACCGACUCCGACCUCCCUAGCCUCCCUUACCUCAAAGCCAUCGUCAAGGAGACCCUAAGGAUGCACCCGCCGGGACCACUGCUCUCAUGGGCCCGGUUAUCGAUCCACGACACGUGGCUCGGGCCUCACUUUGUCCCAGCCGGAACCACCGCCAUGGUCAACAUGUGGGCCAUAGCCCACGAUGAGGCCAUUUGGCCUCAGCCUCACAUUUUCCGGCCAGAGAGGUUUCUUGAGGAGCAAGGUAAGUUGGAUAAUGCCAUUGUGAGUAACGUCAUGGGUUCGGAUUUGAGGUUGGCGCCAUUCGGGUCAGGCCGACGGGUUUGCCCUGGAAAGACGAUGGGGUUAGCCACGGUGGAGCUGUGGCUAGCUCAGUUGCUUCAAGGGUUCGAGUGGGUGGAGCCGGCGGACCACCACGUGGAUCUGACCGAGGUGUUGAAGCUGUCCAUGGAGAUGAAGAAGCCGUUGAUGUGCAAAGCCAUUCCUAGGGUUUGAUUUGGGAAAUAUAUAAUAUGGUUUUCGAUUCCUCUCCAUGAAUCUUGCAUGGUGUUUGUGGUUUGGCGUUUGGCGUUUGAUGGUUUGGAAGUGUGUGUUUGCAUGGAUUUGGAUGUUUUCAAAGUGUACGAAUACGAAUUCAACUAUGUAUUUCGUAUCACGUGUGUUAUUGUAAAUAUGUACUGUGACAUAUCAAGAAAUGUGACAUGAUUUGGAUUGGAGUGCCUAA